AUGUUGAGGCCCCGGGGCCACCCAGUGCAACCUGACGGUGGCAGCGACGACGAAGGCAACGAUGCGGCUUCUUUGGGAGUGUGCUACGAUGCCAUGUCUUCCUUCAACGUCACGGUGUCCCUCGGCCACAAAAAUCCCUCCCCGCCGGCAGGGUCAGCAGCCUCUCGACAAACCUGUCCCAGGCACACUAGCACGUCGCGGUCGGUUGACACCGCGUCGCUCGAGAGCCGGUCUCUCGACAGCGGUUCGACCUCGGUAUCUCGAGGUCCGUCUCUGGCGGAAUCGAUCGGCAGCUUUGAUCCGGAGAAGGCGGAGGCGGAGGCGCGAAAGGCUUUGGUGAGAAUGUCUCUUGGGGACAAAGGAAGGGCAUUGGACAGAAAGGGUUUCACCGCUAUGAACUCUUGCCAUGAACUCUCGGACGGGAGCGGGCUGCUGUCGGGAGACAUGUCGGGAGCGUUUCCGGAAAGCAUCAAGCGCGCCGAGGAGGUGAUGCAGCACACGCGGGAGACGCUGGCAAGAGCAGAUGGUGCCGCUAGAGAUUCUCUCACUGGCGGUAGCGAUGGCGGCCACGACAGCUUAUCCACAGAGGAGCUCGAGGGACUAUCUCGUGCCCUCAAGCGUGCCUUGUUUGUGUGUCCGAACCACAAGGGUCUGCACGCCAUGAGGGGCGAGGUGCACCGCAGGCUUCAGGACUUGCGCACCGCCGUCGGAUGUCUCAGGCUGGCGGUCAGGAUGGACAAGUCGGCGCUCAACGUACGCCAGAGGCUGGCCGAGGGCAUGGUGUGGCUUGACGGUGGCGAUAGCGAAGCCGCCUUGGCGUGUUUCGAAGAGGCGUGCACGGUGGAUGGGGCCAACGCCUCCGUACACUCCUGUAAAACCGUCGCUCUCGUUAAGCUUGGAAGGUUUGUCGAGGCGCUUCGAUCCGUGGAAGCCGUUCUAGGAAGGAGGAAAGGUACGGCCGACGACUACGUCUUGAGGGCCAAGAUUCGAUGGGCUGUGGGAAUGGUGGGCCCAGGAAACAUUGACCUUGGCAUCGCCAAGACUCUUCAGAGCGACCACCCGGAGGUGGUGAUGUUUGGCAGGCGGUGCCUUGGCAACGCCGAGGGCUUGUACGCCAAGGCCAAGGAGUUGGCGGACGCCGGGGACGACGUCAGGGCGGUCAAGGUGGGACGAGGUCAACGCGGUUGA